AUGAGCUCCUCACGUCAGGUCUACCUGCUUCCGCUGAAGGAUGAUGGAUCUCCCGAUGUGCCUGGUGGGUAUAUCUACCUGCCCCCUCCACCAGAGGGUGGGUAUGUUCUCCGUUUCAUCAUUGAAGGCACAAGCUCGAUCUGUCGACAGGGCAGUCUCUGGGUGAACAUUCCCGAGGAGGGCAAGUCAUUCGAACGCUAUUCGUUCCGGGAGUUUGGAUUGCAACCCAAUUUCAAUGAGAACAUCCAGAUCGAUAUCCCUGUGGCCAUUGCUGGAGCUUUCGCUUUCUACACAACAUUCACCCCGCUGCCGGAGUUUUCUGUUGAGGAUGUGCCUUCUCCGAAGCCGACUCAGACGCCCAUUCAUUACAUUGAUGUGUCCCCGAAACUCACCGUUCAAGGAAAAGACUUGCCGCUUAACGCAUUGUCUAUCUUCUCGGUGAUCUCAAAGUUCAUGGGUCAAUAUCCUACAGACUGGGACAGACAUCUUCGUGGCAUUGGUCAACGGAACUACAACAUGGUUCAUUUCACCCCCCUCAUGCAGCGUGGAUCGUCGAACUCCCCGUACAGCAUUUUUGAUCAAUUGGCUUUUGACAGCACUUUCUUCCCCAAUGGCGAGGAUGAUGUCGCUUCAUUGGUGGCGAAGAUGGAGGAGGAGUACGGCCUCCUCACUCUGACUGAUGUGGUCUGGAACCACACAGCUAAUAACAGCAAGUGGCUGGAGGAGCAUCCAGAGUCUGGAUACAGCGUGGAGACUGCACCGUGGCUGGAAGCAGCCCUCGAGUUGGACACUGCGCUGUUGAAAUUCGGAUACGACCUCGAGGAACUUGGUCUUCCGACGGAAUUCAAAACUGUAGAUGAUUUGGUUACAGUCAUGAACGCUGCGCGGAAGCAAGUCAUUGAUGGUAUUCGCUUAUGGGAAUUUUAUGUCCUCGACGUAAAGACUGAUACCAAGAGUAUUCUGGACGAAUGGAAGCGCACGAAGGUUGACCGUGCACUCAUUAAACGCCAUGAUAUGCAGCAGUUCAAGGGCUGGUCACUCAAGCAGCAAGCCAACGUUACGCGGGAAUGCGGUAUUCCUAAUUCCAAGCAAGUUCUUGGACGCUUUGGUCGUGCGGUUGAUCCCACAUUCGGCGCUGUCGCCUUGACGGUUCUUUUCGGCGAUUACGAUGAAGCAAGCACCAACUUCGCGGAGGUGGAAGACACCUUGUCCAAGCUCCUCAAUGAAGCCAACAUGCCACUCUACAAGGAGUAUGAUGCAGACGUCGCUGAGAUCAUGGAUCAACUUUUCAACCGUAUUAAGUAUCUCAGAAUCGAGGACCAUGGUCCCAAGAUGGGCCCCGUUACCAAGGAGAACCCUCUGAUCGAGACCUACUUCACCCGCCUUCCUGUCAAUGAAGUCACGAAAAAGCACAAUUCAAAAUCCCUUGCCUUGGUCAACAACGGGUGGAUUUGGAAUGCCGACGCGAUGCGAGACAAUGCCGGUCCUGAUUCCAGGGCAUAUCUGCGCCGCGAGGUGAUUGUAUGGGGCGACUGCGUGAAGCUCCGAUAUGGAUCCUCCCCUGAAGACAGUCCUUUCCUUUGGGAUUUCAUGACCCGGUACACCCGCCUUAUGGCCAAGUACUUCUCUGGCUUCCGGAUUGACAACUGUCAUUCGACCCCACUCGCAGUCGCAGAAUACCUGCUUGAUGAAGCACGGAAAGUCCGGCCUGAUCUUACCGUAUUUGCAGAGCUCUUCACUGGCUCAGAAGAUGCUGACUACGUCUUUGUCAAGCGACUGGGCAUCAAUGCUUUGAUUCGGGAAGCUAUGCAAGCUUGGAGCACCGAGGAGCUGAGUCGUCUCGUCCAUCGUCAUGGUGGCCGUCCAAUCGGCAGCUUUGAGGUUGAUCUCCCUUCGGCUGGCAGUAGCCACGCAAUUGCUUCCGCCAAGUCUGGCAAGUCUGAUGAAAACAUCACCCAUAUCCGGCCGUGCCCCGUUCCGGCCCUGUUCAUGGACUGUACUCACGACAAUGAAGUACCUGCCCAAAAGCGCGAUGCUAGAGACACUCUUCCAAAUGCCGCAUUAGUCGCAAUGUGCGCGUCCGCAACUGGAAGUGUGAUGGGUUACGACGAGGUGUACCCCAAACUUGUUGAUCUUGUUCACGAAACUAGACAAUACGCAUCGCAGUUCUCGGACUCGGAGACCCUGUCAACCGGGUCUGGAGAAGGCGGAAUUGGUGGAGUAAAGAAGCUCCUGAACGAACUCCACACUAUGAUGGGAGUUGAAGGCUAUGAUGAGACCCACAUUCACCAUGACGGUGAAUACAUUACGGUGCACAGAGUUCACCCCAAGACCAGGAAGGGUAUCUUCUUGAUCGCGCAUACUGCCUUCCCUGGCAAUGAGAGUGGCGCAAUUUUGCCCCCAACUCAUAUCGCUGGCACAACCGCCAAGUUCAUUGGAUCCUGGCAACUUGAGGUUGAUGCUGGAGAUGAAGUAAAAGCAAAGGUCCUGGCCGACGACAAGUACUUGGCAGGCCUUCCCAGCCGUACACGCGAUAUUGAAAGCACUCAAAUUGAGCAAAACGACAAGGACGUUACUAUCUCUGUUCUCAAUACCCUUGUUCCCGGUUCUAUUGCUCUAUUUGAGACCUGGAUUCCUGGUGCUGAUCAUGCAGAUGGAUUUGAGAACAAUCUCGCCAAUGGUGCAGAUGAAGCUUUCUCCGAACUCAGCUUGGUUGAUUUGAAUUUCGCACUGUACCGCUGCGACGCCGAAGAGAGAGACUCCAGCGAUGGUCAAGACGGCGUGUAUAGCAUCCCUAACCAUGGAGCUCUCGUCUAUGCCGGACUUCAAGGUUGGUGGAGUGUUCUCGAAAACAUAAUCAAAUACAACCAGCUCGGUCACUCUCUAUGUGAUCAUUUGCGACAAGGCCAGUGGGCUUCAGACUAUAUCGUUGGGCGCUUGGAGCAGGCAGCUUCCAAAGAAGGAUAUAAUGCCCUUCAAAAGCCCGCUGCAUGGCUGCGCAAAAAGUUCGAUGCUGUUCGCGACCUGCCACACUUCCUCUUCCCAAGGUACUUUGCAAUCAUCGUGCAAGUUGCUUACAAUGCUGCUUGGAAGCGUGGUAUUCACCUGCUCGGUGAUAAUGUGCGCCAUGGUCAGGAAUUCAUUCACCAAUUGGCUAUGGUCAGUGUCCAGCAAACUGGCUACGUAAAGUCUGCGUCGCUGUGGCCCACCAAGCAGGUUCCUAGUCUUGCCGCUGGCUUGCCUCAUUUUGCCGUUGACUGGGCGAGAUGCUGGGGUCGCGACAUCUUUAUCUCUAUCCGUGGUCUUUUCCUUGUCACAGGUCGUUUCGACGAUGCUAAGCAGCACAUCAUCGCUUUCGCUAGUGUGCUCAAGCAUGGAAUGAUUCCCAACCUGCUGAGCAGUGGCAAAUUACCGCGAUACAACUCUCGUGACUCGGUCUGGUUCUUCUUGCAGUCUAUCCAGGACUUUACUGAAAUGGCACCUAACGGAAUGGACAUUCUGCAAGAGAAGGUCCCGAGGCGAUUCUUGCCUUAUGAUGACACAUGGUUCCCAUUCGAUGACCCUCGGGCGUACUCUCAGUCUCCAACUCUUAUCGAGGUCAUUCAGGAAGUCUUCCAAAGACACGCCCAUGGCAUGUCAUUCAGGGAGUACAACGCUGGUCCGGACCUUGAUGCUCAAAUGAAGCCUGAGGGUUUCCAGAUUGAUGUCAAGGUUGACUGGGAUACUGGUAUCAUUUUUGGUGGCAGCCAAGAUAAUUGCGGUACCUGGCAAGACAAGAUGGGAGAAAGCCCCAAGGCUGGGAACAAGGGUGUCCCUGGCACACCCCGUGAUGGCGCUGCUAUUGAGAUCACUGGUCUCGCCUAUAGCGCCCUGGCGUGGGUGGCGCGUCUCCAUGAAUCCAAGGUCUAUCCCCACAAAGGCGUGGAAAUUUUCGAUGGCAAGAAGAUCACCUUUGCCGAAUGGGCCCGCAAGAUCAAGGAUAACUUUGAGCGAUGCUACUUCAUUCCCGUCGACCCUAGUGAGGACAGCCAAUACGACGUCGACCCCAAAAUCAUCAACCGCCGUGGAAUUUACAAGGAUCUUUACAAGUCCGGCAAACCCUACGAAGACUACCAGUUGCGUGCCAACUUCCCCAUUGCGAUGUCGGUUGCACCGGAGCUUUUCACUCCUGCCAAGGCUCUUGUUGCUCUGUCCAUUGCCGACUCCGCCAUUGUGGGUCCUGUGGGCAUGGCCACUUUGGACCCAUCCGAUCUUAACUAUCGUCCGUACUAUAUUAAUUCCGAUGAUUCGGCGGACUUCGCGACUGCAAAAGGUCGCAAUUACCAUCAAGGGCCAGAGUGGGUCUGGCAACGUGGUUAUUACCUGCGUGCCUUGCUGCAUUUUGAUCUCCUCCGCCGAAAGACACCCGAGGAACGGACUGAAUGCUUCCAACAAGUCACUCGACGUCUUGAUGGUUGCAAAAAGGCUAUGCGGGAGAGUCCUUGGAGGGGAUUGACGGAGUUGACUAACAAGGGUGGAGAGCAUUGUGAUGACUCGUCGCCUACUCAAUCUUGGUCUGCUGGAUGUCUGCUUGACGUCUAUUAUGAUGCAUCCAAACAUUCGUAG